GAGCGAGCUGCUGAGAUCCUCGACCGCCUUUGUAAUGGUCCUCCACCUGGUGGUUGUGGCAUUGGCUUGCCAAGCCGACAUGUACGCAAAGAUCGCGAACGCGGGCUUUGACGAUUGUUCCCAGCUCCACAACCCGCUCAGUGUGAUCUCGACCGGCGUCGAGUUCUUUAUCUACCGCGUGCCUGCGUGCGUUAUGUACAGGUUGGAAGAAGGCCCAUUCGCUGCAAAUGGCGAUUCGGUCAACCCGAGAUCCAUCCUUUGCGGCACUGCGAAGUUCGCGUGGGACAUUCUCAGAAAGUCUUUCGAGCCCUGGCCGCCAAGCUCCGCCUCCGGGGCGGAAACGCAUGCCCAAGAACAAGCGCAAG